UCUUGAGGCAUGUUAGAGCUGAGGCCUCUGUUAGCUUCUUCAAGCCUCAGAGAGACACUGAGAGACACUCCAUCCCCUGACAACCUUGAAUAUGGAAUGAACUGAGCAAAUUACAUAAAAAAGACAUCAUCAACAAGUAAAGAAAGAGCUGCUCACUAUGGAGCCAGGGGGAUCAGUGCCUGGUAUACCAAAACCUCGAUGGAGUCUGAGCUCCAGCUCUGGUCUACGUUAUGGCUCUUUUGUAAACAGCCUUUCAUCACUUGCACCACAGGCAGGGGAGAAAGCGCCCAUAUCACCAAGACGUGCCUAUAUAGCUGUAGCUGUGCUUUGCUACAUCAACUUGAUCAACUACAUGGAACGGUACACAGUAGCAGGUGUCCUUCUCAACAUUCAGAAAUUCUUUGAUAUUAGUGACAGUACAGCUGCACUUCUGCAAACAGUCUUUAUCUGCAGUUUCCUACUCUUGGCACCUCUCUUUGGUUAUCUCGGGGACCGCUACAACCGGAAAUACAUCAUGAUUGGUGGUCUGUGUGUGUGGCUUGUGACUGCAGCAGGCAGCUCGUUUGUCACCAGCUCACUCUUCUGGCUUCUGAUGCUAUUGCGAGCCCUGGUCGGAGUAGGAGAGGCCAGCUACUCCACCAUUGCUCCCACCAUCAUUGGUGACCUCUUUGUUGGGACCCAACGGAGCGCCAUGAUCUGUGUCUUCUACAUCUUUAUUCCUGUCGGAAGUGGUCUCGGAUACAUAACAGGGGCGGGGAUUGCUACUGUCACAGGGGACUGGCGUUGGGCUCUCAGGGUCACGCCCAUCAUGGGUUUAGUGGGGCUUUUCUUGCUGGUCUUCUUAUGCCCUAACCCACCCAGGGGUGCUGCUGAAACCCACGGAGAGGGAGUUACAGAGCAGAGCUCUUACCUGGAGGACAUCAAGUAUCUUCUGAAAAAUAAAAGUUAUGUGUUGUCAACACUGGGAGUGACAGCUACGGCCUUCCUUGUUGGAGCCCUGGGUUUCUGGACGCCUAACUUUCUGUCCAGAGCUCAGGUCUUCCAGGGACUCCAACUGGAGUGCAUCAAAGAGCCCUGCAACCCCACAGACAGUUAUAUCUUCGGUGCUGUGACGGUGGUGACGGGCAUUCUGGGAGGGUGUCUUGGCACUUGUUUAUCCAGAUGGUUUAGGAACAAGGUGCCAAAUGCAGACCCACUAAUCUGUGCACUAGGCCUGCUGGGCUCAGCCCCCUGCCUCUUUAUUGCCCUCUUUGCGGCAUCAGCAAGCAUUCCUACCACUUAUGUAUUCAUUUUCCUAGGUGAAGUAUUGAUAUCACUAAACUGGGCUGUCAUGGCUGAUAUACUGCUGUAUGUCGUUGUACCAACCAGAAGGUCAACAGCCGAGGCUCUCCAGAUUUCAGUCUGUCAUCUCCUGGGUGAUGCUGGGAGUCCUUACCUAGUAGGAGUGAUUUCUGAUGCCAUACGCAGAUCUAAACCUCCCACUCAUGGUUGGAACUUCGAAAGUCUGAAGUACAGCCUCUUGCUCUGCCCAUUUGUUGGGAUCCUGGGUGGGGUGUUUUUCCUCCUGACUGCCCUCUACAUUGCUGAAGACAGGAAGGCAGCUCUGCCAUUGGUUGAAGAAGAUCCCCCACCACCACAGGAUCCUUCAUCUGAGCCCUCCAUGGAACUGAAAAACCAGGGAGACGGGAAUAAAGCCGGACAAAAGCAGCCAUGAAAUUAAUUUAUCUGUAAAUAUUUUAAGUUAAGUUAAAAACUAUUGGUGUGGACAACAGGAUGUUGGAGCUGGCUUGAAAUGAUCCUUUUCGUGUCACUUCACAGCCACAUACUGAUGGCAGAUGCUUUUAGAAAAUGCUUUCCGUUCACUAUGACUUGAAUUGGAUUUUCUACAGUUAAAAUCAAGUCAGUUUUAUUUGUGUAAGUCAAAAUCACAAUUUGCUUCAAAAGGCUUUACAGUCUGUACAGCCUACAACACCCUCAAACAUAAGACCCUCAAUUCAGAUAAGAAAAAACUCACCCCAACAGGGGAACAAUGGAAAAAGAAAAGUGUAAACAAUGAUAUUAGUACCUAAAAAAAAACAAAAAACAUAUGAAUUGAUUUGCCUACCUGUGACAGUAUUAUUACAAUAUUACCUCCCAUUUAGGGGCACUGCAGUAUAGUUGAGUAAAUGCUUAUAUUGAUAUUUCCUGAAUGGAAACGUUGUUUUUAACUGUUCAUUAAAAAUU